CUCAACGUUCGGCGCGGAGGGGCAAGAGACCGAGGUGGAGCGGAAGACGUGCGUGUGAAAGUCCGGUGGUUGCGCCCUGAUUCCUUCUCCUCCCUGGGCUGCUUCUCUUCCCAGAACCUGCUUUCUAUUGUCCGAGGAAGCUCUAGCGUGCGUGGGUGAUUCGGAAACGUUACUCUGGCUGCCAUAAACGCGUGUAGGCAUAACGCGAGAGAGCGUCUUCCACGCGGCGUUUGUUUGGUUUUGGGGUUUUUUUUUUUUGUAAACGAGAAGGCGGAGAUCUUGGUCCUCUUCCUCUUCGCCUUGAACUGUCAACAGUUUGAAAGGUUAAAGUGGAGUUGCUUUAAUUAAAAAUGCCUAACGGUAAAAGCAAAUCUCAGCAUAGACACAAAGUUAGUCAAGAAACUGGCCGUCGUGAAUUAGUUUCCAGAUCCUUGCAAAGUGCUCAACAUUGCCUGGAGAAUCAGGACUUUGGAACUGCAUAUGCUCACUAUCUCCUGGUAUUAAACAUAGCUCCUGAAUUUAAAAAUGAUGUUAAGGAAACAUUUCAGUUUACCCUUUUUAAAUGGGCAGAAGAGCUGGAUUCUCUUGCACGAAUUCAAGAUUUAUUUGAUUGCUAUGAACAUGCUCUGGAAUUAUAUCCUAAUGAUGAAGUCAUAUAUAACAGCAUGGGGGAACAUCUUUUCAGGUUGGGCUUUAGAGAUGAAGCAGCUGCAUAUUUUCAUAAAGCUAGGAAGUUAAACCCUGACUUUCCUGAUGCAAAGGAGAACUUUUAUCGGGUUGCCAACUGGGUGGUAGAACGAUGGCAUUUCAUUAUGCUUAAUGAUUACAGUAGAAAUUUGCUGUAUCAAAAAGCAAUCCAGAAGGCAGUUCGUUCAGGAUAUAGAAGUGUACUUGAUAUUGGAACAGGAACGGGAAUUCUCAGUAUGCUUGCUAAAAAGGCUGGAGCAUCUCCUGUCUAUGCUUGUGAAUUGUCAAAGACCAUGUAUGAAUUGGCUUGUGAAGUGCUAGCUGCAAACAAUUUGGAUGGAGAAAUCAAACUUCUUCACAUGAAAUCCUUUGAUAUAGAAAUUCCAAAGCACAUACCUGAAAGAGUUUCCCUUGUUAUCACCGAAACAGUUGAUUCUGGUUUAUUUGGUGAGGGAAUUGUAGAAAGCUUGAUCCAUGCUUGGGAACACUUACUUUUACCACCAGAGCCUAAGGAUGUUAGAGAUGAUUCUAAAAACUAUGGUAAAGUUAUUCCAGCAGGAGCUACUAUGUGGGGCAUGGCAGUGGAAUGCAAAGAGAUACGCAGACAUCAUAGAGUGGAGGUAAAAGAUAUUGCUGGUGUCUGUUUGCCAGAAACACUGAAGUUUUGCAGUCCAACGUCUGCUUCUCUAAAGUCCAGUGAAACCCUUGAACCUUACACUACUGAAAAACUCAGCAGAAUACCUGGUGGUUAUAAAGCUCUUACAGAAAUUUUUCAAGUUCUGACAGUCAAUUUUAAUAAUUUGCAGGAGCUAAAAAAUUUGUCCACUAGUAAGCCAUCCAAGAUGAAUAUACCCAUUAUUAAAGACGGAAUACUAGAUGCUGUUGUUGUCUGGUUUACACUACAUCUUGAUGAUGAAUUUACUCUUUCUACAAGUCCAAAUGUGGACACCUGUUGGGAGCAAGCAGUCUAUCCUGUACAAGGUCUCCUUGAUCAUUCUGUGACAUCCGGAGAUUGUGUUGUAAUGGAAAUAUGCUGCCAGGACUGCUAUCUUAGAAUUCAAAGAAUUUCCAUUAAGACUUCAGGAUAUGAAAUGGAUGUUGAAAGAAAUUUGAGGGAGAACAGCGAAGCUGAACUCUGCAGUGCUCUAGCCAGUCUUCAGACAGCAAGCAUGUUGGAAAAUGUCUGCCAAGAAUGUAUGCUAGAAUCCACUGAAAUUGCUUUAUUAAAUAAUCUGCAGUAUCAUGAAUGCUUUAAAAUCGCAAUAGGAAAAGUGUUGUCAUCAUUCAGCCACCAUGAAGAGUCACAUUCAAUGGAUGUGGUUGGUCACCAUCAUGAGUUUGAAAAGAACCAGAGCAAAAAUUCUGUAACUGUUGAUCCUCUGUAUAUACUGGAUGUAUCAGAAGGCUUUUCAAUUUUGCCAGUAAUUGCAGGUAAAUUUGGGGCAGUUAAGGCAUACAGCUCGGUUGAAAAAGAACACCACCAAGUAGCUCUCAGUUUGAUUUCAGAAGCCAACCAAUUUCCCAGAGAAACAUUAGAAUUUUGGUUUAGUCAUCUACAGGAUGAAAACAAGGUACUACAAAGACCUAAAUCUGACAAAUUAUGGAGUAUUAUAAUUCUGGAUGUCAUAGAAACUUCUGGUUUAAUCCAGCAGGAUGUGAUGGAGAAAGCUGCAAUAUCUAGGUGUCUGCUUCACUCUGGAGGAAAGAUAUUCCCACACCAUGUGAAAAUAUAUGGAAUGCUUGUAGAAUCCAAUUUAUUAUUACUUGAAUCUGCUGUACAAGGGACAGAUCCCACACUUGGUUUCAACAUAGCACCUUUUAUCAACCAAUUCAAGGUACCUAUCCGCAUUUUUUUGGAUCUCUCCACACUCCCAUAUAUACCUUUAAGCAACUCAGUAGAACUUCUGCGAGUAGAUCUCAUGAAUCCUUACUUUAAUAAUAGCAGUACUGAAGUUGAGGUGGAGAUUUGUAAAUCGGGUCAAGUGACUGGUAUUCCAUUUUGGUAUCACGUAUAUCUGGAUAAUGAUAUUGUUUUGGAUACAUCAAGCAAGUCAUCUCACUGGAAACAAGCUGCCAUUGUGCUUGAUAAACCCAUUCAGGUUCAAGAAGGAGAAAAGCUUAUUUUAAGUAUUCAAUAUUAUAAAAGCAACAUCAGUGUGGUAGUAAAACAGUAAGAUACAGCUGUUCUUAAUUAGUUUUGAAUGUCUCCAAAUUUAUAUUCUAUAAUAUAGUAUUAACCUUGGUAAAAUGUUUAAGAUACUUGUUCAAUUUGCGGAAGAAGUUAAUCUGAAUAGCACAUUUCAUAAUGUUGCAAAACAUUGUUUCUCAAUUGCAAAAAAUACUAUGGACUUGAAUCAUUGUUUUUUUUUUCAUUGUAGAAAAUUACAAAUAAAAAGUAUACAAUAAUUAAAUAGGGAUUCUACAAUAUGUCUGCUCUUUCUUACAUUUGCAGAUUACUAAAAUAGUGAAUUAAAUGGCAAAGAAGGUAAUACUGUUUUUUAGAUCGUUUGUCCUAAAGAACUUGAAAUGGUAAUCCUUAACUUUACAAUGGUGAAAAUACCUUGAUGUAUAAUGUUAAAAUGGUUCUAGUGUAUUUAUAAGUCUUCAUUUUUAGAGAAUCAGUAAAUGUUUGUAAUAAUUUGUUCCCAAUAGGAAAAAAAAGAAUGUUUUGUUCAAAGCUAUUUUGUAAUACAGAAUACAAAGUAAAGAGCAGAGUAUAUAAUUAUUUUGUACCCCAUCCAAUAGUCAUUUCUUUUAUUAGCAUAUUUUUGUCAAUUCCCAUUAAAACUAUUUCCUAUUUUUUUAAAAAGGAUCUACAUGCCAGCACCAUCUGCAGAUGUAUUCAAAUUAACAGCCACCAGAACUCAAGUUACUUUAAAAACUGUUAGUUUUCAACUCACAAGAGCAGCUGAAAAAAAAUGCAGUAAAUAUUUCUUAAGUCCUCAAUAGCUUUUUAAAAUUAUGGACAUUUAAAAAGAGGGUAUAUUUUAUAAGUUCUGUUUAUGCAUAAAAGAUCAGAUCAGCUGGAUAGAGAGCAAGAUCUUCCUUUUCUUAUCUAAAAAGCAUAAAGGGCAAGGGGAAUAGUUGUGUUUUCACUUACACAGUAGCAAGUGUAUCUGUUUAGGAAUUUACUGACAAGUUAGCUGAAAUGAUGCAAUGAACAGUACAGAGCAGAAACCAAAAUUACCAGGAACCAGCCUGAAAGGAAAAAGAAAUGCAAGGGGGGAACAAAAUAAAAAACCAGAAUAUACAGUAGAAUGCAAGGAGAAAAAAAGGAUACUAAGAAACAUUACCUAAAAAUAGCCUAUAAAAUAUCUCCAUAUUGCAGCAGAACAAAUGGAUUGAAAAUUAAGAGCAAAGGCAUGCAUUUUUACUAAUUUCUUACAUAUCAAUAUUAGAUUAUAAAGUGGCAGCAGAGUAAUAUAAGUAAAGUCAUAUAAGAUCCUAUUAAGAAUAAUUUAUUGGAUUCUUUUAUAGCCUGGUAUCAAGGAGAGUCAGAUCCUUCAUUAGAGCCAAGAACAAGGUUUUUCUAUUAAUGGACAGAGCUAGAAAGGAUUAUUUUGCUCAAUGAUAGAAGAAUGCAACACAAAAUUUAAAUAAAAGUUUAUUUACUUAUAUACAGUAUGAGACAAUAAGUACACACUUUUUGCCUCUUUAAUCAAUUUCACUUAAGGACACAAUGAGGUUAAACAAAAUAUGUAGUCCAGUAAACAAGGCUAAGUAAUUACAAACAUACUACUGUAGUACUGCAAAAUACUUGUAGCAUGAGUUCACUGUACCUAUUUCAAGAUCAAUUAAGGAAAACCUCAUGUUUGAACAUUAAAACAUUGAACUCUUGAAAGUGCUAUUUCAAAAAUACAAUUCUUGGUGCAAAUUUUUAUGUGUAACAUAGCAAGCAUGCAAAACAUGUAUAAACAUGAUUAAAAAAAGAUUGUGAG